AUGGGCAUCAUCAUUUCAAACAACAAGAAGAAUCCAGAAUCAAAGGAACCUGCUGCUGCCACAACUACUGGUGCACCAUCUCCAGUUUCCUGUAAAGGCAGUUCGCACAUGUCAACAACAUCUUCACCGCAACCAUUGUCUACUACGGAUGGUGAGCAAGACAUUGAGUUGCUUGAUAGUGACGACAGUGAUUUGGAAAGUGUCAUGGAUGAUGAGCUACAAGAGAAAGAGGAGAGUCGUGAUUUGACAGCCAAGGAGAUCAGUGCUUUGACGUCUGUAUCCGUGAUGCUUUGCCAAUCCCCCUCCAUCAAAGGUGAUAUUUCCUCUGAAUACAUCAAGAAGCAGUUGUACCACGAUAAGAGAGACUCUAUUCCAGCUAAGGGCACGCCGAGUCAAAAUAUGGCAAUUGCGCUCGAUCCCGUAACCUUGUACUUAUUAUUCAGCAAACAGUACCACAUUUACCAAAAGGACAAAUCUGCAUUCACCUCCUACUCAAUGAUCAAAUCAAUAGAAGCAAAGGAGGAUAUCUUUUCAAAAAUUUUUGACGUGCCCAAGAUCAAGAAAAUUCUGAAAGAACAAAAGCUCGACUUCAAGCAUUAUAUCAAAUUCAAAGACCAAUACAAUGCUCAUCUGGUGGGUUCAAGAGUGAAAAAACACAAUAAUGGCUCCAAUGGCUCCAAAUCGGGUGAGAACAGGUCGAGUGCCUCCAAGUCUGAUGUGGACAAGGUGAAAAGACUCUCCAGUGAUAUCAAAGAAACAAAGAAGCAGUUGUCGUCACUGUCAAGGCAGCUUUCAAAACUGCAACGACAUCGCAUGGACUGUGGCAAUGAAUCGCGCUCCUGGGAGAAGAAGCACAACAGCAUGAACUUUGAGUUAUACAAAAAGUUGAAUGAUGCUAGAAGUGAUUGCGAUGAAUUGUACAUGAAAGUGUCAAGCUUGAAGUCAUCGAUAAAGCAAAUGCCCAGUGAGAUGUACAUUUUGAACAAAAGGAUCCACGGUCAACAAGUACAUCAAGCUGCUGCUGAUGCCAUGCCAAAGCCAUUGGCUGUUGACAGUAACACUAUCGUUCAAGGCACUGACCCUGGUGUGGUGACCACCGCCAGUAGUGUAUGGUGCUCUUCUCUCAUUCUUUUUGAGUCGAUCAAUCGGUUUCAAAUGCUGUAA